UAAGACGCAAGCAAAUACGCGCUCGCACUAGAGCUUGAUCUGAAUCUAGGCAUGUGCUCCAGAAUGAGCGACAGUCUUCUAUCGAGCCCCUCCAUCGGUGGCUGAUAGCGGUGUGAUCUAUUUGGGUACAACGUUGGAACGAAUUAUGGGGUCGCCAUGUUAAAAGAUGUUUUUCCUUAUGCUUAAAGUUAGUAUUUGCAAGAAACAGGCGGUUAUCUGAGCAUAGCUGCAACAGACAGUCGCCAUUAUCUGUUCUUUGAGCUAUGACACCAUAAAAUCCACCUAGGUGUCUUUUGCUUAGUUUACCUACUUGAGCAUUAGUCACCGGCCAUUAUUACUACAUCAGAGCGCCUAGCUUUUCGUAGAAGGUCGGAAAGCUUUCUGCAAAACUCAUCUUUUACAUCAUCUGAGCUGCAGUCAGUGGGAGAAUAGACAGAGACGACGAAGAGGCAACGACGAGUGUCCCUAUCUUUCCGAGUCCUUAUUGUUCCGUUUAGUCGGACAGCGCACAAACUACUGUCUACUGGGAUCCACUCUAAGAGAGCUAGUUCUGCCCUAGGACUCAAUGCUAUACCUACGCCGGCGAGUUGACGAGAAGCAGCAUCUGGGCUUCCAGAUACACGAAGUGUGAAUCGAGUUGGUUCUUUAUUUUGACAUAGUGAUGUCAAAUGAAUGACGCUACUCGGAUCCUGUAUGCGCGUUUCGGAGACGCAGCACACAUCGAUGGCGCGAGAUUCUAAAGUCCUAGCUAAGGAAGCUCCAACAUGAAGUUUAGAGCGUGGUUUCAGGAGACCAGGAAUAACGUCCCGCGUAUUUGAAUCGUUUGCCCUAGCGGUGAGAAGUGAUAAAGAGACGUGAGGAGGGUUAGUCGGGGAGAUAAGAGAGGUAUUAGGAGGUGUAGGAAGGAUUUGAACGUGACCAACUUGGUCUCGUGUGCUGUUACGGGUAUGAGGGCUAAUGUCACUUCCCGGCUGCCCACACCGUGGAAGGGUAUUUCUCGAGGAACCUGAAAAAGAAGGCAGAUUAAUAUUGGCCUUAACGGCCGGUUGACUAUAGACUUUCCCAUCGAAUCAUCAACAAGUGGGAUUCAUUACCUCAACUCUUUCAAAAGCAAUUAACUGAGAGACCAUUAUUGCCAGAACUAACACCGGCCACCUAGCCUACUGUCUUUUACACACUGAAACUGAACUUGUGAAAGCUUUCCAUAACAAUAGGUAUUAAAAAACUUUUGUUACGAUAGUAGCAUUAUAGACCUGAUGCUUUGCUGUUGUAGAGUCCAUUCUCAACAGCAGAGCAAUACAAGUAUAUUGUACAUCGUAGUUGCUUCUUCGGUUGGCGAUCUCCAUCCAUCAUAUCACUUGUUUUCGUCAUACUAAACAGUUGCUUAUACUUGAAAGAGCUUUGAAGUUAACGUUUCUAAUUUUUCCUUGGUCAGACUUUUAAUUCAUAUCGAAAUAGCUUCACUAAAGUCUUAUCUGAUAUUUUCCAGGUCGUGCGCCUAGUCAUACGAUGACUGGUCAACGUCGCUCCAUCAAAAAAACUUCCACUAGAAAGUCAGAUCUUUUUCCGGAGGAGAGGUAAAAAGUUUUACUACGCUCCACAUUUCUAGAACGUUCGUCAAUCCGUCAGCUUUGAGUCCUCAUCUAUUCUGUCCAAUAUGUCAAGAGGCUUUCUGUAACCCCCAACGUGCUCCUUGUGGUCAUAGUUUUUGCAAGAAUUGUAUUGAGCCCUGGAUUCAAAAUACUCCUAACUGUCCGGUGGACCGUAAACCGAUUUCAAAAGGAUCAAUGCAUCAUGAUUUUAUUGUGGAAAAUAUAAUAGGUGAUUAUAUGGUAAGUCAUUUUGUUACAUUUGGUUCAAAGCAUCAUACGGUUUCUAUUUUUGCUUCAAUGUAUUGUUUUGUUCCGUAUUCCUGAUGAUUAGAUUGUCUUUUCUUUCAGACUUGAAAUGAAACCAGUGAGAAAGUUAUCUGCUGUGGAUUUAAUUAAGACAGACAGCAAAAUUCCAUCAGAAACUAAACUAAUUCAUUGUUGAUUCGCUAAUUACAUAUCCGUAUGUAUACUUAUUAUAUAUGAGCAGGUUCAUGUAGAGUGAAUUUCUAACAUGAUGUCCAUCGGUUAAAGCCCAGACAUCUCAACCAUUAAGCCUGUUUAAAAUUUUUCAUAUAACUACUUUGAUUCAUGCUUUAAAUAGGUUCACAAAAAUUGGAAUAUUCAUGUAAUUAUAUAAGAAAAACUACUGUAAAAAUAGCUUUCAAAAAAAUUUAUAUGAAUCGUACAAUUUUGUGCAAACGUGGGAAAACUUACAAGAUUUGACCUAUAUAUCAGACAUUCUAUUCUGCAGUUUGUAAAUCAUUUAUUUAUGCGUUGUUGAUCGGUCAUCAACCUUUUAUCUCAGGAAAAGUAAUCGUAAUGUAACAUGCAAACUUAUUUAAAGUAUCCAAAUGACCUCAAUGUCAGUAUAACAUACGUUACAGAAAUCACUCGCCACCCUUCGAAAUUUAGUAUUUAUUUAGCGCUUAAUUUCAUAAAUUCCCUUGAUACUUCUAAGUAGUAUAUAUCUACUUCCACUGCCUCUCCUUUGUCCUUCAUGCACUAGUAAUUACUGGUUGAGUUUAUCUCGCAGACUUUUCACCUUACACUAACGUUUCUCCUGUUCGAAACGCUUCUACGUGAGUUGAAAGAAGUCUCGAUCCAGUAGGGUUUACUAUUGAUUAAUAAUUUUUAUUUCUCAUUUUUAUGGUCGAAAUUCCUUUUCAUGUCCCACUAAUUUUUCACCGACUAUUUGAUAUACACUCUUAACAUUUCCAUCUUUGAAUUAAUCAUAAAGUUCUGGUUUUCCUGUGUUAUGUCACUUUUAGAUCUAUACAUGCUUCCACUUAAGAAUAUUUGGGACUAAAUUAUGAGUUAUCGGGGAAUCAUCUGUUAGAUGGUUAUUACUGUAGAAUCUAUUUAGAUUCACUGUUAAGUUGGGGGCGGUCAUCAUCAGGUUAGAAAGUAUUUCUACUUUUGUCUAAAGUUUGGUACUUACUUGAAAUAAAUGAUCAUCAGAGUAUGGUUAUAUCAAGCCGUCAAUUACCGAUUCCGCUGGUUAGGAUUAAGAAAGGACUGUUUUAGUAUUUUCUGUUCGAAUUAGUCUGGUUAAUUGGGUCCAUUUUAAUCCUGCCUGAAACUUUCAGUUCCAUUUAGUCAAUGUAUGAUCGAUUGUCCGUUGGGAUUUUGUUCAGAAGUGGGAUGAUGAAUAUUUGCUAUGUAGCCUGUGAUAACUCAAUAGAUCAGUCCUACUAAUCAUGUUAGAUCCUGCAAGUAAUGAAUUUUGUAUCCUUUGAACGAGUUCCGGAGACGUAUUCACGAAUGCCAAGAUUUUGGAGUUCUGGCUAGUGCGUCUGAUUUAAAACAGCGCCUGAAUAUUAGAAUCUCUGUGUGUUAUGGAAAAUGACUUCAAAAGACUAGGGAUGUCUUUCCAUAAACAUAAGUUGUUGGCGCGGUUUGUAAAUUUGGAAAAUGAAAAGUAGUAACAGAAAUAUGAAAGUAUCCAGGAAUAAAUAAAACAAAUUGAUAGUGAAGAGCAUGAACGAACGAAACGCUAGAGGUUUAUAAGCUGUCAAUACUUCCCGGCUGAUCAUAGUAAGGGAAAAUGUUUAUUGAUUGUAAACCCAUAAAAUUAAUGCCGAACACUUAAUAUAUUUGGAAGCCUAAUCAUUCAAGCUAAGAAACAUCUGCAGUCGGCCGGCUACACGUUUAUAUAUACUGACUUUGUUUUUAAAUCUUGUACCAGCUCGGUUUGCUCGUGAGGAAUGAAAGGUUGUGUCAUUUUUAAGUCUGAAUUUCACUUAUCCUUCCUUCCGUUUGUUUGAUAUCAGGAUAUCUCGAGAUGUUGACUUUCUAUGGGAAAGACGUUACUGCCACUACAUCCCGAUAUGGUUAGCAGUGCGACUCCGUACUUUAUCCUCAGACUAAAUCCAACUAUAUUAGGAUCUGCUAUAUUUUCGCCAACUAAAUAGCCUAAUGUUUGUGUCAAUGAGCAGUUUUUGUUCUCAGUCGCAUGUCCUUGGCGUGCACUCGGGUGUGAUUUUAUUGGCCAGUUAUCCCUUUUACCCGGUCAUAAGAAAACAUGUGUCAUGAAUCCAAGUUCUAUGCCUCCAGCUCUACGUGCUCAUACCUCAGCUUCCUUAAAUCAAGUUAAUAGCAAUCAAUCUCUAGAUCUGAAAUCUUGUAAAAAUAAUCAACAGUCGUCAGUAAAAGUUAGUUUUGUGUUUCAGUCACAACUUCCUUUGAAUACAAUUACAACGGCAGAGGGAAUUAUUGAUGGUAAUCAAUGUCCCAAUAUUCAUAGUAUUGAGUCAAGAAAUGGCUCAAGUUCGUACGACGAUGCUCAUGAAGAAAGUCUUAUACUUGUUAGUGAUGAUGAAGCUAAUUUACCGCCUGCUCCACCACCCAGUCUUUUGUUCCGACUAUACCAUAAUUCUGAUUCUAAUAGUCGUGGGUUAUUAUGUGAUUUUAUACAAAAUGGUUCAAAUACUACAACUCAGUCCUCUAGUACUAACAAUAAAAACAAGAAUAGCCCUAAUAAACGAGGACGUAAAAAAUAAACUUAAAUUCAAUACUGUUCCGGUUGAUUUCUCAAAGCAUUUCAAACUAGUGUUCAAACUUUUGCCUAAUAUGUACAUUUGUAAACACAAAUAUCCGAAAUGUUUUCUUUUAAAUGUUGUUUAAAAAACAUUAAUUGUUGUAUCAGA